GAACGACAACUCUCCUCCGUAAUCGAGAAUGGCCGCUCCGAAAAACGUGAAAAGGAAGCGAGAAGCUGAAGAAGAAGAUGAAUUCACGAAGAGAUUCUUGAAGGCCGACGAAGUGGCUCGUAUGGCAAAAAUUAAGAAGAAGAUGUUAAAAUUUGAGGACAUUGAUGAUGAAGCGUCUCGGGAAUCGGAACUGACCAAAUCUGGAAGGGUAAGCACUACAGCACCAGAUCUACUUGCACUUCCUGGUGGUACAUAUGUGAGGAAGAAAUCGACGAAACUUCGAGAAAUGGAGGAGUUUGAAGAAAUUGAGAAGAAGCAGACCACCACCAAAAAAAUGCCAACGGAACCCCUAAAGAAAGGAAAGAGUCAGCUUGGAGGUACCCCUUCAACAUCCCCUGUCAGUCCCAAAAAGUUGAAACCCUCCAAAUCGAAAGAACUUGGCCAAACUGCUUCUGUGAUCUCCCCGAAAAGCUCUGAUGAAACCUCUCCAAAGGGCAGCGUCAUCAAAUUCCUGCUGAGUUCACCAAUGCAGCCGGCCUCUACAUCGCUGCUAGGCAGCAGUGUCGGUCACUCCUCGACAAAGGGCAAAGAUAAAUCAGACACAAGCUUGCUGAGCGAGCAGAUUUCCUUGGUGAAAAAGACCCCUAAAUCAACCAAGUCAAAAGCAGCGGACAACAUUGCUCUUUUGAAGUCCCUCACCAGUACUUCAUCUGGCAAGUCAGGGAGAAAGAAGGGCGAACAGGACCUGAAGUUCCGACUGAUGGUUGGAUCGGGUUCCUUGCUGUCGUCAGCAUCCAGUGCUGUGAGUGCUUCAAACACAAGCUCCACCGCGAGUUCAAAACUGUCUGGGGAGACAGCCACAACAGUUCAUUCAGACAGCGGAGGUUCGAAGGAUGGCAGUUUGAAGAUGAAGUUCAUUCUGUCCCCUAAGGACAAAAGUUCUGUUAAGUCUUUGAGCAGUGGUGGCACUGCUAGUAGUGGAAGUGACAAGAAGAAAUCUUCAGAUAACCAUGUGCCAACAAUUCCGAAGACCAUCGUCGAGGCGAAGUCACUAUCAAGCAGCAGCAAGACUUCCAUCGCCACAAUCCCUUCCAUAAUUCCUGUACCCGUGCCAAAGGUUAUCCCUAUUCCAAAACCAGUGCCCAUUUCAAACACGACGGGAUCAAGGAAAGUGGCAGUCACCAAGUCGAUAGUCAUCCCAAAACUGAACCCCAGCCCCCGCGUGAUCUCAACGCCCGCCCCGAAGACCAUUCCCGGUACAAAAGUGAUCCCCGACACAAAGGAGCUGCCGAAAGUGAAGCCCAUUGAUAAAUCUGUUGCCGAGGUAAAGACCAUACCGAUCCCUAUCCCCACCACCUCGACGACCACUCCUUCGAGUACCAGCACCCUUGUCAAGCCUGUUGAUUCCAGCAUCAAAGUCGUCCCCGUCCCAAAGGCUUCGUUGCCCCCUACGAAAAUCAUUACUGUUAAGAAGACCGUGAGCACGAAAGGGAGCUCGGCUCAGAGCAAGUCUACAGGAGGGACCCCUGUGAGUGGUAAACAGAAAGGUUCCUCAACAAAGAGUUCAGCAACCCCAAAGUCAUCCACUGGUUUAUCGACAAAAGCCCCAUCGUCUUCCUCCUCCUCAUCAUCAUCAGCGGCAGCAGCACAGCCACAAGCCCCACAGCAACAACAACCAGCAUUAUCGUCAUCCUCAUCACCAUCAUCAUCGUCAUCAUCAAAGCCACAAUCCCUUCUUCCCCCGAUAAAGAAAGCCAUGUCAUCUUUAUCGUCGGCAACGUCCCUAUUCCUGUCAUCGUCAUCGUCGCUAGACGUGCCCGAAAAGAAGACGAAGAAAGUGAAGAAGAAGAAGAACAGCGCUGCCGUCGCGUCGGCAAAGGCCGGCGCUGCCACGGCAACGCCGGCGGUCAAAGGCGGCCAGACCGGCUCCGUGAAGGCGGCAAGCGGCGGGGGCUCGCAAAAGUCUCCAGGUCACGCCUCCGGGACGGUGAAGGUCAAGGCGAAAGCAGAGACCACCACUGACCUCAGUAAAUACGACUUCACCGACGAACCAAGCCUGGUGAUUGCAGAACAGCAGGGCUCCGGUUCAAAGCACGCAGCGACCCCAAAAUCGAAGAAGUCCAGCUCGGGGACCAGUGCCAGCUCCGGUGGAAGCAGCGGCAAAAGUUCCAGCAAGAAAGCCAAGGUGGACGUUGACCAGACAAAAACGAAACAGAAAGAUGAAGUUCCAGCUCUAAUGCCAACACUCGGUGCUGCUUUAGCCGGAGAUCAAAAUACAUUAGCAAGUCCCCCCUCGAAAACGAAACAGUCUUCUGAUAAAAAAUCCAAGAAAUCUAAGAAGUCGUCAGAAAAAGAAGAUCCCACUGCUACGAAGCCUGCCAAGAAGCGCCGGGCCCUAACUGCCUACAUGCUCUGGUGUAACAGCUACAGAAACAAGGUCCUCUCUGAAAACCCUAAACUCGAUUUUGCUCAAAUUAGUCGAAGACUUGGAGAAAUAUGGCAAAGCCUGUCUGAAAAAGAGAAACUGACCUGGAAGCAGAAAGCAAAGAAAGCGGCCAGCAAAGGGUCGACUCUGAUAAGAACUGGUAAAACUAAUGGCAAGACCGCACCUGUCCCUGCUGUAGCCAGCCCUCCAACGACACCAGUUGCUACUCUGAAGAGUUCACCUGUUCCUGGAGUGGUGAAGACUAUCAAAACACCGACAGAUGAUACUGCCACCAGUCCUUAUAAGGGUUUUGGUGUGGAACCCGUGGAUGCUGCCGCCCACCUGAAGCUGCUCGGAGAGUCCCUCAGCAUCAUCGGAAUGAGAUUACAGGAACACAAGGGUCUUAUCGCUGUGCAAGGAAGCCUGUCUGUGCUGCUCGACUCCAUGCUGUGUGCAUUUAGCCCGCUCGUCUGCCUCACGUCCUCCCUUCCGGAGAUCAACGGAUGUCCUCGUGCCACUCUCUCUAAGAUGCUGGACAACAUAGCCUAUAUCAUGCCUGGACUAUGAGUGGCUGAAGGUCAAAGGUCGGAAGCAGAAUGAGGCCAAGAAGAAAGAUACUGGGCAAAGUGGAAUUAAGUAUCUGUGUGUCUGUGUGUAUAUCUAUAUCUAUAUCUGUCUGUCUGUUAGUCUAUGUAUGUAUGGAAGAAUAGGCAUGAAUGCUCAUUAGCGUUUUGGUUAAUGAAUGUGCUUUAUUUGGGGAUUAGCAAUGCCUCCGUUUUCGAGGCCAUUCAGAGCAAUUUUCAUUGCAUUGCUUGGAAAUUGUGGAAAUUCUCUUCACACGGAAGCAUUGGUGGUGUUGUUAAUCCACAAAUAAAGUAUAGACAUAUGCAUAAGUAUGUGUGUGUGUAUGUAUAUAUAUGUAUUGUGUGUGUAUAUAUAUAUAUAU